AUGGCGCGGCCGCGCGAGUGGCAGGAACAGCGCGCCGCGCUGACACUCGCGUGGUGCAUCGCCGUUCUUGCCACGACUCCCCUCGCCGUUGUUCACUCCCAGCUGAUCGAGGCCUCGCAAGUGGUAUUCCUGCAGGAUUGCCAGAGCAUAUGGGGUCAGACGUUGCCUGGGUGGAAUGGUACCAGACUCAACUGCAAGGCUGCAACGGGCAUCGACUGCGAUAGGAACGGGAUGAUCACCCAGAUAAAAUUCCAAGGCGGCCUUAGAAGAGGAGGGCGCCUUCCGAGCUCCAUCUCCAACCUCCGCGAACUUACUGUCCUAUCUAUUCGUUCCGCUAAGCUCAGUGGCACGAUUCCUUCCGAAGUCUACAGACUCACAAAACUGAGGCUCCUGGACCUUGCAGUGAAUCGCUUCAGCGGCUCAAUCCCAACUGCGGUCGGCAAUCUUACCAACCUGUGUUACUUAUCUUUCUUGCGCAAUCAGCUAACUGGUUCGAUCCCCGAUGCCAUCAACGAUCUUUCCUACCUGCGAUACCUGGCUCUCGAUAACAAUCAGCUCAAUGGUUCGAUUCCAGCUGUAAUGAGCAAUCUUGAGGGGCUCACAACAUUAUCUCUCUGGCGCAACCAACUGACUGGCUCAAUUCCAGAUGCUAUCUACGACCUUUCAGUACUGCAAACCCUACUUCUUGAUAGAAAUCAACUCACUGCCUCAAUUCCUGCUGCAAUCAGCAACCUUAGAAGUCUCACAAAGCUAUCCCUCUCGCGCAAUCAGCUGACAGGCUCAAUCCCUAAUGAACUCUACGAGCUGACGAGCCUACGAAAGCUAUAUCUCACCUUGAAUAAGCUCACUGGCACAAUCUCUUCUGCGAUUAGCAACCUUGCAGAACUGGUGGAGCUCUUUUUGGAUCAAAACGAGCUGGACGGCAGCCUGCCAGCAACGAUUACUGCACUUGCAUCCCUGGAUCAGCUAACCCUUGCCGUGAACAGCCUCACAGGAACGAUCCCUUUAUCAAUCAGCAACCUUUUCGCUCUUCGAUAUUUGGAGCUGGAGAAAAAUCGCUUUAGCGGAACGAUACCUCAUACAAUUGGCAGGCUGGGAAAUUUGACCUUCCUGUCACUGGCCUACAACCAGAUCUAUGGAAGUUUACCUGCCAGUCUCAACAAUCUGACAGGACUGCAGACCCUUGAUCUCUCUCACAACUACAUCACAGGGCCCCUUGUAACUCUCCCACCUAUCGAAGCAGAUCUGUCCAGCAACUACCUGUCGGGGCUUGUGCCCGGACCAGACUGCCUUCGGCACAGCAUCACCGCCAACUGCUUUGCGCAGAACAAAGCCUGCCGCCCUCCUCUGCAGCGGCCCCCAGCACAGUGCACGGCGUUCUGUGGCAUCUCCCCGACCACUGCUGCCUGUGGCGGUCGUGGCUUGUGCUACCCAGACGGGGCCAGCUUGGUGCCAACAUGCUUUUGUGGUGGGGGAUUUGUUCAGCUUGGACGAAGUGACUGUGUUCCUCCAGGGCCCCCAAUGAACAUUCUCCCGCCAUUCACGGUCCUCACCAAGGGCACGCAGCAGGAGACCUUGGGAAGGUUCUUGGCGAAGCCAGUGACCCUGUUUCUGUACCCGCCUGGUGUGACCUCGGGAUGCGGCGUGGAGUUGCCCUUCAGUGUCAACUUCACCUUUGCUCUCAUGCCGCAGUCUGGUACAGCAGGAUCAAACGGCUUUGCACUUGUCAUCGCAGCAAAGCCCAAGGCGGGGAAACCUGGUGGUGUGGGGUACAGUGGAUUGGGGUCUCAGAGCAUGGCCGUGGUAUUCGACACGCUACAGGAUAACGCGGGAGAGCAGCACGUUGGGCUGAGCAUCAACGGCACAGAAGAACCCUUGGUCAAGGAGGUGUCACCAUUCACUCUGACAGACGGCGACUCAUACAAGGUGUGGGUGGACUAUGAGCCUGGGGAUCCCGGCACCAUUCAGGUGUUCCUGGCGGAUUCAAAGACGAAGCCAGAGGCGCCGCUGCUGCAGGGGAGGGUGUCGCUGUGUGCAGUGCUGCAGCCUGGAGUGAAGCAGCCAGCGUUCUCGUUUGGAUUCGUGGCGUCCACCACUGUGAAGCCCUUCCAGCUGCAAGGCAUUACCUCCUCUGCUGUGCAAACAGGCAUUCCUAAACCCAAGGUAGUCCAGAUGAAAGAUCAAGCCCUCGGCCUCUCAUUGUCAGAGGCCACAUUUGCACUGUCUCGAGGCAGUCCGUUUUCACGCUACGUGAGUUCGGAUUUCGAGCUCUCGGCCACCAAGAAGGACGCGUGGAGGCUUCGUGACUUCCACACGUGGGACUCGGUGUCCUUCCUCGGCUGGCCUGUCAAGAACCAGGAAGGCUGCAAUGCGUGCUGGGCGUAUGCGGUGGUGGCGAGUGUGGAGGCGGCAUACGGCAUUGCAAAGCAGCAGAGCGCUCCCCGGCUGGCAGUGGAGGCGCUCUUUGCGCUCAUGGGGCUCUCCGACUCCGACAAGUGCUCCGCUGGUGGCUCCCCCACCCACGCCUUUGAGACGCUCGUGGCCCUUGAUGCCUCCAGUGGACUCACAGGGGCCAGCGACCCGGCGACAACGUAUCCAGUGCAGUCGUUUGAGCGAGCGCAGUUCAAGGGGUAUGUGGGGCUCAUGAUGGCAGUGCAGAACCAGCCAGUGGUGGUUCACAUCCAGGCGUCUGCUGCCACGUUCAUGCUAUAUGACGGGACAUAUAAAUACCAGGAUCCUGGUUGCUACACGGGCAGUCUCAACCAUGUUGUACUCGUUAUUGGGUACUUCAUUACAAGAAAUGAUGGCAGCCAGAACCGCAUUGCUCCACCGUUCUGGAUCAUCCGCAACUCGUGGGGAGAGGAUUGGGGCGACAAGGGUCACAUGCGCAUGGACAUUCAGGGAGGGGAUGGCGUGUGUGGCAUCAACGUGCUGCCUGGCAUCUACCCCAUUGUCAAGAUUCCAGGGGACCCUUGCGGUCAAAGCAGCUACCAGGGAGAUCGACCGCAGCCCGUCAUGAACCCGUGCGGCCGGUUUCAGUGCAGCAGGACUGCAGAGAGCACCAAUAACUGCACCUGCAACAUCCCUACCGCUAUUGUGCAGCCUUUUGUACAGAUCGAGAAUGGAAAUGGCUUCAACACAUGUGCAUAUCUGGACGUGUGUGGGUCAUACUUCAAGAACCCCUGCUACGUGGGAGCAUGCAUCAACGAUGGCAAGGGCGCCUACUCCUGCAUCUGCCCUCCCAACCACGUGGAAAGCAAAACGCUUUACGGCUUCCCAACCUGCGAUCCAGCUAAUACCACGGCCACCACAAUGACAGUCAGUGGAGACAACUGGUGGUGCUCGGAUGUUCAUCCACUUGUUGGCCUCUCGCUGACUGACUUCACUGACCAAAACAUAGGCAUUGAUUGCAGCCAGCCAUUGCCCAAGGGCAGUGUUCUUCAGCUGGAUGGUACUCCCGCCACACCCUGCACUGCCUUCUUCUACACCCUCACUGGGGACACCUGUGCAUCUAUCAGCGCGGCGCUCAACUUCACUGAAGCUGAUCUCGCCACACUCAACCCCGGCCUUGACUGCUCCAAGCCCAUCAAAGCGGGCCGCUCCGUGUGCCUCGAGCGCAGUGCUGCCUUCGCCUUCACCGUUGCCGAGUGUGUCAGAUACGGCAUGCUCACACCUCAGGACACGUGCGAGCAGCUGCUUCAAAGAAUUGGCAAGAGCAUGUCCUCGUCGGAAGAGGACUCGGAUGGCACUACACAAGGGGGUGCCAGUGAGAACCCAUGGGCUGCGCUGUACCGCAACAAUCCCGGCCUCACUUGCUCCAACACCAUCCCUUCCUCGGCCUACGCGACGGGAAGCAAGAUUGGCGUACAGAUCUGCCUCGGUGCGGAAUAUUGGUCAUUCCAGUUGGGCAUGUGCACCAAGGGGAGGGCCAAGCGAGUAGCAAGAACAUUGACAUGUUCAGGUGCUUACCGCUUCUAUGGUGGAGGAGCUGCUGGUAGUGCGGCGUAUACAGACUAUAAUGCUAGCGUAGGCCCAGCUCCUGCAACCACCCCUCUGGCCCUCGUCAUGGCUGCUGACGAAACCACCGAUGGUGACGACGAGGCGGGCCGUGAACUCCAAAAAUCACCCCCGCGAACGGGCCUCAGCUUUCUACGAACCCCCACUAAGAAGCUGUCAGAUCCGGAGCCCGUAGUUGCUUCAACCGAGGACGAAACCCGCGCAGAUGAUUCAGGGCCUGACCUGCACUCACCUGAAGUUUGCACUACCACGGCGGAACCCUCACCUCCAGAAGCGACGGCUCCUGAAACGGAGAUAGGCGAUGCGGCUGGCGACUCUGCGAACAAGAAGCGCAAAGAGUCAAGCGGUGGCAGUGCUACGCAGUGGUGGCGACAACCGAAGCCCUCUGUGAAGCGGGCGGCACGUCCAAUCCAACGAGUGGAGGACGAGGGAAGUGAUGACGACGAGGAAGAAGACGGCCUGCCAACUGUCGAAGAGAUGGCCCGUUACCCCGAGGUCGCUUUCGCUAAAGCGCAUAAGCGGUUUAAGACUUCAUGGGAGUCUUUGUUUCCGUGGCUAAUUCUAACUCGUGAUGACGUUGGCUUCCCCAUUUUGAGAUGCAGCACGUGCUUGGAACAUGGAGCUGAAGGCGCAAAAACGGCUUAUGGCAAGGGAGGCAGUGGAGGGCGUGACAUGCAGAAGGGGAGCAUCCGGACGCACCAGCGCUCCACCGCACACCACGAUGCACACGCCGAGAUGAAGUCGAAGGAGAGCCGGAAGCUUCGUCAAACGCUGCUGAGCGAGUUCGAGGGGUUGGAUCGCAGCACUCUUCACAUCAUCACUGCUCUCAAGACUACCGUGUACAUCUGCAAGUCGGAGGCGCCAAUCACCUCCUACGUGGGCACCAUCAAGUUCAUGGCCGAGCUCGGAGUCCCGAACCUUCCCUUGGAUUCCAAGGGAAACUACUUUUCGGAGUAA